GCCGGCGCGGCUCGCGUGGAACCGGCGGAGGCCAGAUCCCGAGCGCCGCGAGGGGCGGGGCGCGGAGGCGGGGCGGCAGAGCACCCGCGCCGCCGCCGACGAGGAGGAGCCGCCCCCGCCGCCACCGCAGCCGCCCGGCCGACGCAGGUGCGGCCGCCGCGCCCGCCGGCUCCCCGCGGGGAUGCGGCCAAUGUCUUAAGAUGGUGUUGGUUGCAGGUGUUAAUAGGAUAAGUGAAAAUAAGAAUAUCCAGAUAUUAAGAUAAGAACUAAAAAAACCAAACAGGGAAGCACUCAUAUUUCAAGAUCCAACGAAAAGGUAGCAAUAGUUAAUAUGGAACAAAAAGCUGGUGAAUCAAAUAAUGAAGAUCUUUUAUCAAGUAGUGGCGUCACAUCCAAUGGAGGUUCUUCAAGUCCAUUUUUUAUGUCGUCUAUUCGUGGUACAAUAAUUGAAAACACAUCUUCAGCUGGGACAUUGACACAGAUUCCUUUUUUCCCCAAAUAUGAAGUGGAGCUUGAUUCUCCUAGAAAAGUUAUCCCUUACCCUGGAAAGGAACACAUUGAACGUGUUUUGGAAGAAUAUUCACAUCAAGUCAAAGAUCUGCAGAGAAGACUAAAUGAAAGCAAUGAAUUGCAUGAGAAACAAAAGUUUUACUUAAGGCAAUCCGUCAUUGAUUUGCAAACAAAACUUCAAGAGAUGCAAAUGGAGAGAGAUGCCAUGGCUGACAUCAGACGAAGGGAGAGUCAGUCCCAGGAAGAUUUAAGAAAUCAGCUUCAAAAUACAGUUCAUGAACUUGAAGCUGCCAAAUGCCUUAAGGAGGACUUGCUGAGAGAUAGCAACACACAGAUAGAGCAGCUGAGAAAGAUGAUGCUGAGUCAUGAGGGAGUGCUUCAAGAUAUCAGAUCAGUCCUAGUUGACUUUGAAGAAGCCUCAGGCAAGAAGAUAUAUGAACAUGACAGCGUGUCUACUCUCCACUUCCGCAACAUGGGCUCAGCUAUUAGCAAAAUCCUAAGAGAAUUAGACACAGAGAUAUCUUAUCUUAAAGGGAGGAUAUUUCCAGUAGAGGAGCAGCUUGAAGCACUGAAGUCUGAAUCACAGAACAAAAUAGAACUGCUUCUUCGACAACAUCAAGAUAGGAUUGAGCAGUUAAUAAGUGAACAUGAAAUUGAAAUAACAGGACUUACCGAGAAAGCUAGCAGUGCUCGAAGCCAAGCCAAUAGCAUCCAGAGUCAACUGGAAAUCAUUCAAGAACAAGCAAGAAACCAAAAUUCAAUGUAUAUGCGUCAACUCAGUGAUCUGGAAUCUACUGUUUCUCAGCUACGUUCUGAAUUAAGGGAAGCCAAAAGGCUGUAUGAAGACAAGAUAGAAGAGCUCGAAAAGCAGUUAGUCCUUGCCAACUCUGAGCUAACUGAGGCACGGACAGAACGUGAUCAGUUCAGUCAGGAAUCAGGAAAUUUGGACGAUCAGCUUCAAAAGCUGUUGGCUGAUCUGCAUAAAAGAGAGAAGGAGCUGAGUCUGGAGAAGGAGCAGAAUAAGCGGCUGUGGGACCGGGACACGGGCAACAGCAUCACCAUUGACCACCUGCGGCGGGAGCUGGAUGAUAGGAACAUGGAGUUGCAGCGCCUGGAAGCCCUCCUCAAGGCCAUGAAGAGCGAGUGUCAGGGCCAGAUGGAGCGGCAGAUGGCGGCAAUUCAGGGAAAGAACGAAAGUCUAGAAAAAGUGUCCUCCCUGACUGCUCAGCUUGAAUCCACCAAAGAGAUGCUCCGAAAAGUGGUCGAAGAGUUGACCGCCAAGAAAAUGACCCUGGAGAGCUCAGAGAGGACCGUUUCGGACCUGACAGCUUCCCUCCAGGAAAAAGAGAGAGCCAUCGAGGCUACCAAUUCGGAGAUCACAAAGCUGCGCUCCCGGGUGGACUUGAAAUUGCAGGAGCUGCAGCACCUGAAGACGGAGGGAGAUCACCUCAGAAACGUGCAGACGGAGUGUGAGGCCCUCAGGCUCCAGAUGGCAGAGAAGGACAAGGUGAUCGAGAUUUUGCGACAGCAGAUCGAAAACAUGACACAGCUGGUUGGCCAGCAUGGACGAACAGCUGGUGCCAUGCAAGUGGAAAAGGCUCAGCUCGAAAAGGAGAUCAAUGAUAGGAGACUGGAGCUACAGGAAUUCAAGAUUUUAAAAGAUAAAAAAGAUGCAAAGAUACGGGAACUUGAGGCCCGAGUGAGUGACCUGGAGCUGGAAAAGGUGAAGCUGGUGAAUGCAGGCUCUGAGCGGCUCCGUGCAGUGAAGGACAUCAGGCAGGAGAGGGACCAGUUAUUAAAUGAGGUGAAGACCAGCAGGAACGAGUUGCACAGUCUUUCAGAGGACUAUGAAGUCUUAAAAAGGAAUUUUCGAAACAAAACUGAAGAGAUGGAAGCUACUACAAAUAAACUGAAAAUGCAAUUAAAAUCUGCACAGUCUGAACUCGAACAAACAAGAAAUACGUUAAAGUCGAUGGAAGGAUCCGAUGGUCAUGCUAUGAAAGUGGCAAUGGGGAUGCAAAAGCAAAUCACGGCUAAAAGAGGUCAGAUAGAUGCCCUUCAAAGCAAGAUACAGUUUUUGGAAGAGGCAAUGACAACUGCAAAUAAGGAAAAGCAUUUUUUAAAAGAAGAGAAGAAUAAAUUAAGCCAGGAAUUGAGUACUGUUGCAACAGAAAAAAACAAGAUGGCUGGAGAAUUGGAAGUCCUGAGAUCGCAGGAGCGCCGUUUGAAAGAAAAAGUUGCUAAUAUGGAAGUUGCUCUUGAUAAGGCAUCUUUGCAGUUUGCAGAAUGUCAAGAUAUCAUACAGCGUCAGGAACAAGAAUCUGUGCGCCUAAAACUUCAACACACUUUGGAUGUAAAAGAACUUCAGGGCCCUGGAUACACCUCAAAUACUUCUGUGAAGCCACGCCUUCUACAGCCAUCCUCAGCCACCCGUUCCCAUUCUAAUGUACCGUCAUCCCAGUCCACAGCCAGCUUCCUGUCUCAUCACUCUUUGAAACCUAACACGUUGAAGGAAGAUCCAACGAGGGACCUGAAACAGCUUCUCCAAGAGUUGAGAAGUGUGAUCAACGAGGAGCCAGCUGUACCUCUGGGCAAGCCCGAAGAAGAAGGGAGAACACCGUCCCUGGGAGCGUCCUAUGUGGCUGUAGAUGAUAGAGUAAGAGAUUGCAUUACUGAAUCAAGCCUGAGAUCAGAGAUAUGCCAGAGAAGCAACAACUCAUUAAGGGACUCCACCGAAGGUAGCAAAUCCAGUGAAACUCUUAGCAGAGAGCCGGUCACAUUACAUACAGGAGACCUAGAAGAUCCGUCUAGUUGUUUUACAUUCCCAUCUACAGCAAGUCCAUCUGUGAAAAAUUCAGCUUCUCGUUCAUUCCAUUCUUCUCCUAAGAAGUCUCCAGUUCACUCACUCCUAACUAGUUCGGUUGAAGAUUCAGUAGGUUCCACAUCACCGUAUAGAUCCACGAAACCCGUUCUUUCACCUGAUUCUGUUAAAGCUUCACAGUCUCAGCCAAUAGAAACAACAGGAAAAACAUGUCGGAAGCUUCAGAACAGACUGGAAAGCUUGCAAACUCUGGUAGAAGAUUUACAGAUGAAGAACCAAGGUACAGUGUACAUUUCGGAGAGAUCUUCCUUGCUCAAAAGAGUACUCACCUUCCCUUCAGGUGAAGCCUGUUGUCUAUAGACCCGCAGAAGAGGAUAUUGAAUAAGCAAUUCAGAAACAUCAAGUCAAAACAUGAAGGUCUUAACCAUGACUAACCCCCAGAUUAAUUGUGUGACCUCGGGCAUGUCACUUUAGCCCUGCUCUACUCCGUCAUCUAAUAGGGAUGAUAAUACUGCUGACCAACCCUCCGUAGGACACGUUUUGAGCAGUUUUUCACACGACACUUUCCCACACAUUAUCUUUCUUAUCCCUGUUAGGUCUGCACAUAAGCAUUUGUAUGACGGUAGCCAGGAUAAGAUUGUAGUUGAUGGCUGGAAGACAAAAUAACCAUAUUUCACCUUACACAGAAUUUAAAUUAGCAUAGGCUAGAAGAGACCCAGUGAAUCACUAACUAAAAAGAUAAACUACUUUCAAAUGCACUAAAGCUGUUUGAAUGAGAAACUGUCAUACUCUGCAGAUGGUAGGUAAAUUUGGGGGCAUAAGUUCUAAGUGGUUGUUCCUGUGGAUGUGGGAAGCCCAUCAUGUUUUAUGCUUUUCUGGUAUAAAUUCAUGAAUCCAGGAGUCUGUCAGAGAGAAAUAAUUUUGGAAUAUACUUGUUAAUUCUUACCCAUCUUUCUAUCUCUAGAGAAUAUAAGCUGCUAGAUGAAGGAUAGUAGAUAUUUUUCUAAGAACAAUUCCUUAUAAAGAAAAUUUAACCUUAUCAAUAAUAAUAGUUGCUAUUAAUAUUUCUUGAACACUUACCAGCUGUGUGGCAGGCCCCGUAUUCAGUGUUUGAUUAUUUAUGUUUUCUUCAUGUGAGCCUCACAAUACUGGGAGGUGGGCACUGAUAUCAAGUCACUUGAAAAUGAGGAAUCUGAUGAUCAGAUUACAAUCAGUAAAUAGUUAAGUCACACAACGAGUAGUAUAUCUGGGACUUGAUCUCUGCAAUUGCUGCUUCCAAAGUCCACGUUUUUCAACACGCUGAGGCUAUGCCAAAUUGUUAUUAAGGCAAGUUCCAGAUCCUUUCUGUUAAUCCCAGAUCCUUGUGUAUAUAAACAUUAAGAAAACAUUUGAUUUUAAGUUUGUUGUGAUAUUUUUAAAGGAUGCAUUAUCUUAUUGGCCCCAUUUUUAUUCACACUUUGACUUACAUUUCUGAAUAUAUAUCUGAGUAAUGCUACCAUGUAAUAAUCCAAAUGGGAGACAUGUUGUAUUUGUUUAAAAAAUAAAAAGACCUUUUUAUUUGA